CAAAAUGGCUACCACGUAAAAAAUUACAAAAUUUGAAGUCUUGUCAAAAUUUAACUCAUCAAAAUAUUCAUUUCUAAAUUAAUAUGAAAACAUAAAAUUUGCACAUAAGAGACAAAAUUUCUAGUGUUAUAUGCAAAACAAUAAGUCACAGUCACAAUGGAAGCAAAUACACAAACUGAAGAAGUAUCUAUUUCAAACAUAAGUGAAUCCAAUGAAUCUUUGGAUACCUCUGAACCCUUAAAACUGAAGGAUUCUCAUGCAGAAUUAAUUCGUUCUAUUUUCAAACCAAAAACCUCUACCUGGGCUUUAUUUAAGUGGGACGAUGACGAUGCGAAUGAUUUUUCUGAAUCUAAAACCUCCCCUGUUACCUCAAUUGAUUCCCUUGAAGCCAUUAUUGCUCCUGAAAGCAAUCAGAUCAUCACACAGGAACCUUGCCUCAUAAAUGACAGUUGGUUGCUUGGAGGGCCCUUGGGGUCACGUAAUGCCACUUUGGUAUUCAGAAGUUCCGCCCUUGCUAACGCUAAUGAACUCUCCAUCCAUGAAAAACCAGGUUACAAACUCCACAUCACAUACAAAGUAUUACAAGCUGAAACUAAACUUUUAUCUAAGCUACUUGACUGCCAUGGUAUCUCAGAAGUUGCACCAAAUUCAUCCGAUUUUAAUUUACUAUGGACUGGAUCUCAUCCCAAACCUGGCACUUUAAAAUCUUUGGCACCACAUCAACGAGUAAAUCAUUUCCCAAGAUCUUAUGAAUUAACCAGAAAAGAUCGACUUUAUAAGAACAUCGAACGUAUGCAACAUCUUAAAGGCUUCAAAAAUUUUGAUUUUAUUCCCCAAACGUUUGUUAUGCCAGUGGAGUACAGAGACUUGUGUACAAGCCACAAUAGAAUUAAAGGACCAUGGAUUGUAAAACCUGUUGCUUCAAGUAGAGGCAGAGGUAUAUUUAUUGUUGAAACACCAAAUCAAGUGCCUCAAGAAGAACCUGUCGUCGUGGCCAAAUAUAUUUCAAAUCCCCUUUUAGUAGCCGGUCACAAAUGUGACUUGAGAUUGUAUGUUGUUGUUACCAGUAUUGAUCCUCUAUUAGUGUACAUUUACGAAGAAGGAUUAGUCCGUUUUGCUACUGUAAAAUACGACUCUAGUCAUAAGCAGCUGUGGAACCCUUGCAUGCACCUUUGUAAUUAUAGUAUAAAUAAAUAUCAUAGUGACUAUGUAAAAUCUGAUGACCCGUCAGCAGAAAAUGUUGGACACAAGUGGACUUUGAGUGCUUUAUUGAGACAUCUAAAGGCGGAAGGCAAAGAUACGGCAUUACUUAUGUCACAAAUUGAAGAUAUGGUUAUUAAAGCAAUUUUGGCAAGUGCCAACUCAAUAAUAUCUGCUUGUAAAAUGUUUGUGCCUCAUCCAUAUAAUUGUUAUGAACUAUAUGGUUUUGAUAUCCUAAUUGACGAACAUUUAAAACCCUGGUUACUGGAGAUCAACUUAUCCCCGUCUCUCAACUGCGAAAGCCCUUUGGAUGUCAGAUUGAAAUCUGCUAUGCUGGCCGACCUGCUGACUUUGGUCGGUAUUCCUGCUAUAGAUCCAAUUUUGAGGCCCUCUUCUAGUUCUACCCAUUGUAAAACAAACCAAAAUUUGAAUAUGAAACUAGGAAAUUGUCGACGAGUUUAUUCUGCUGACGGUCUUAGCAAUACUUUACCGAAAAAACAUGUCCCUUCUACCUCUAGCGCUCGAAGCAGAAUUUCUUCGGCAUCUUUGCACUGUUCAUCCGAAGUAUCUAGAAUAAUACGGAAUACAGUGGCUCAGUUUGAAAGGAGAGGUGGUUUUGUUAGGAUUUUCCCUGCCAUCGAUAGUUGGGCUAAAUACUCUCAAUACUUAGAUUCUACGACUGGAAUACCAAUAUCUGGCACAACAUCGAGUUACAGUUUAAAUGUCCCUCAUAAUUAUAACCUGUUACUUUAUAUGCAUCUGUUCCCAGAUGUUCCUAUUAAUACCAAAGGCAUUGAGAAAUUACCACACAAUCGGUAUACAUCGUUGGAUCGUAAUCGGGAUAAAACUCCUGUCAGUGGUAAACAAUCGAACGAAAGACUGGACAGGUAUGAAAGAAUGUUGAGUCAGGGCCACAAAUCGGCUUUGGUUCCUUGUAAAAUCACUCAAGAAUCUCACAGUAUUGAACUGAAAAAGAAAAUCGUUGAAAUGUUGAAAAAUGGCAAAAAAAUAACGCAAUGUGAGGCCAGGAAAACUUUUAGCCAUUACUUGGUUUGUAUUUUGAGAAAGAUAUCCAAUGAUCCAAGUCAGGAAGAUCACGUAGAGAUUGUUCUCAAAUUUCUACAGAAGGCUUCCAAUUAUUUAAGAACACCGUUCAACGUAAAGGCUCCUAGUCAUAAGCUGAAGCCAAAAGAUCGGGCUGCUAUAAUAGCUAAGCAGUUGAAUGACUUCCUGUAUUUGUACAAUAGGGAAACAGAUAUGUUUGUUGAUAAAACUGAAAAACCAAACCAAAUACCAGCUGGUCUAUACAAUGAGUUUUUAGAACAUGCCAGAGAAUGCGAUUUAGAGGAAGUAUUAAUCUAUCAAACAACUCAAACAGUGCCAAGUUACGCUGCAACGCCUGGCUUUCAAGGUAUAUUAAAGUGUAUUCCUAAUGUUUCAAAAUAUUAUGGUCUUAAACCGCCCUAUAAGUCAAAUAAAAGUAAAGGAUUAAAAGUUUCGUCAGUGUCUUGAUUUUGUUGUUCUCUUAGUCUAUCAUAAGUUUGAAAUGACGCCUUUUCUUUAAUUUAUACCAUAUCCCUGUUGUUUAAUAGUUACAGUCACACCUUAACAAGAAAUAUAUAAUUAAAUAUAUUAUGUACUUACCUGUAUAAAAUGUUAAUUUCUAUUAGUUGUGUGAUACUUUGACGUGGUUCACUUAAUAAUUUGAGCAGAUCAACAACCUUUUCUGUGAUACAUGUAGCUUGUAGCAAAUUAGCACAAAUUUACCGACAAACUUUAACAAGUUAGACAUUAUUACAGACCAUGUAAAUAAUUUACAUUCUAAUAAGCCUCAUUAUUUAAUAUUUAAUAAAAUGAAAACGUGAGUUUUCAUGUACAUAGGUAUGUUUUUGGUUAUGGUUAUAUUAUUUAAAGUAUUUUAUUUUGCGUUGUUAUUUCAGUAUUUUAUAUUUAAA